AUGGGGGAUUAUACCUACAAGAAGAAGGAUUCGGGUAUUUACGACACACUAAACAUGUUGGUGUAUGACUACCUAUUGAAGAUGAAGUACGAAGGCUCAGCAAAGUUAUUUAUUAACGAGGCAGGGAUUGGGGAUUUUAAGCCUGGAGAUGGAAUGCCAGUUCUUGCUCAAUGGUAUGCAGCAUUUCAUGACAUUUCAGCAGUUAGGUCCGGGUUAUCAUCGAAUCUUCAGGAUCUCAGUAGGAUAGAGGGAAUAAUGAUGAAGUUGGAAAAUGAAAAGAGACGAUAUCAGCAUAUAGGAAGAAUGGAUCCCACGGCCAUGGGAUAUGGAGGGGGGAUGGAUCCAUAUAAACAAUACCCAAUGUAUUAUCAACACCAGCAAUUUGACCAAAGAAAAAUGUAUGAAAUGUAUGGGCAGGCGUCACCAACAGCCGAUGGAGGCCCACGGUUCUAUGACCCGAGAAAGGGAGGGGCAUCUGGACCUGGAUAUAGAGCCUCCCAAGGAUAUUCAAGAUAUCCUAGGUUUGAAGAACAGAAUGUUCCCUCUGGUAAAGUACCGCCCAGGAAUUUCCGAGACGAGGGAAGAAAUGGCAAUGCAGUAAGUCCGUCCUUGGCUCCCAGUCAAGGAGAUUCCAGCCCUCUGUUUGAAUCUGGUGUUGGAGUAGGAGACAAGGUGUUUGGGUUGAAGGAGGCAAUGUCAUUUGUACCCAAUGAACAUGUGACGGUGUGCUCUGCAGUGGCAAAAGACCACAAGCUUCUAUUUGUUGCAUCUUCUAAUAAGACAAUCACUGCUGUUAAUCUAUUGUCUGGAAAAAAAGAACUGGGUGUGGAAACCGACGGAAAGCAGGUUGUAGAGAUGAAGAUAAAGGAACAUUCUAAUGACAUAUUAAUUGUGUGUGGAACUGGAGGAAAUGAGCUUUUACUGGUAAGAUGUAUCGUGAAGGAGGGAAUGAGCUUGGAGGUGUCAGGGACUUUAAGGGGACAUGCAGCGCCAAUAGUUAGCUAUGAAGUUCUCGAUUCGAUCCACUCUUUAGACAGUGGAGGCAUGAUGAGAAAAUGGAAUCUUGAAGGGAUGUUUGAGAGGGAAGAGGUCCUUAGUGGGGAGAUCCUUCAUAUAUGCUGCAUAUCUGAAGAUAACUUUAUGUUUGCCGAUAGACAAAGGGUUUAUGUAUAUGAUUUUGAACUCAAUAUAGAAAUGAUGGAAAUACUUAAGGGCCAAGCCUUGGGAAUCAAGCGUGUUAAGGAAGGUUUUAUCGUGGUUUUUAGAAAUCAAGUGAUCUGGCUGGAUAAGAGAAUCCAAAAGGUCAAAGUCCUGAAUGUAAACGAGAAUAUCAGGACAGCCACUCUGAUCGACGAAAACCUUCUUGCAGCCUCGUCCCACAGCGUCUGGUUCGAUAGCGGAAAAUCAUUAACGAAAAUGAAGCUUCACGAGUCAAACAUAAUCGGCUUGGAUAGUGUAAAUAUAUUUAGAAAGUCAAGUAUUGUUAGUUGCAGUGCUAGUGGAGAGUGCAAGGUAUGGAUAAGACAUAUUGGAGAUUGA